CCAGUCCCCUGCUCCCACCCUUUCUUUAACCCUGUAAAGAAGUCCUCUGUAGCAACUGCUCCCUCCUCUGUUCCAUCCUCCAGCUCUUCUCUGUCUUUAGCUGCUCCAUUCGUUUACAGACCUGCGUUUACUUACAGUGCUCCAGUAACUAAAACCAGAAAAAAGCGAAAAUUCUUUCCAACCAGUACCAUCCUGCCAGUAUCCAAACCGGUCAGCCUGCCGUCUGAGAACCCGCCUUCCGUGGUUCAGCCUGCCUGAUGUCUCUACCCAGCCUGAUGUACUGAUCCAGCCUAAUGAUCCUAUCAUGCCAGGCGACUCGGUGCCCGCUGUCGAGCCAGAUGACCUGA